CUCUUCUUUCAAUCCUUCCCAAAUUCCGAUCUAUUUUUCUCCCCCGUUUCUCUCCUUCUCCGGCACCCUGACAGAAAAUCAUGGCAGAGAAAUCGAUUGCUUUCGAGUCAAAUCACUCCGGACCAAUCACCGACAACACUCACGGAUGGCAAAAGGUUACAUACGCGAAAAAGCAGAAGAAAAAGCAGGCAAAACCGUCGGAUUCCGGCAAAGUAAUUGCCAACGGAUCUGUUGUUCCUGGCGUCGAUAAUGUGUUUCAGUCGCUCGAGAAGCACUCCGAUGAACGCCGCAAGAGAAUUGCGGCACAGACGGCUGCGAUGUACGGCGUUGACGAUGCUCCGGUUAUAUUGGGGCUGAAACACCGUUCGGACGAUGAAAAUGAGGAUAGCGAUGCGGAAGGUGGUAGACGUGGUGCGGUGGAGGAGAAGAAGAAGGAGAAGGUGAAAAAGCCGAAGAAGCCAAAAGUAACUGUGGCUGAAGCCGCUGUGAAGAUCGAUGCAGCUGAUCUAGCUGCUUUUCUCGCUGAUGUGACUGUUUCGUAUGAAUCUCAGCAAGAAAUACAAUUGAUGCGAUUUGCGGAUUACUUUGGACGUGCAUUUGCUGCGGUGGCUGGUUCACAAUUUCCGUGGUUGAAAUUGUUCAGGGAGUCUCCGAUCAGUAAAAUUGCAGAUAUUCCUCUCUCACAUCUUCCUGAGCCAGUUUAUAAGACUUCAGUGGAUUGGAUCAACCAACGUUCUUACGAGGCUCUUGGAUCAUUUGUGUUGUGGGCAUUGGACAGUAUUGUUGUAGACUUGGCAACCCAACUAGGGGGUUCUAAGGGCUCCAAGAAAGGCGGUCAACAAACGUCGUCAAAAUCUCAGGUUGCCAUGUUUCUGGUGUUGGCAAUGGUACUACGACGGAAGCCUGAUGUUUUGAUCAACGUACUGCCGACGCUUCGGGAAAGCCCAAAGUAUCAAGGGCAAGACAAACUUUCAGUCGUUGCAUGGAUGAUAGUCCAGGCCUGUCAGGGAGAUCUCUGCGUUGGAUUGUACUUGUGGGCGCAUCAUACCUUGCCUUUAGUUGGAGGGAAAUCAGGUUCUAAUCCACAGACCAGGGACUUGAUUCUGCAGUUGGUAGAAAGGAAUCUCUCUGCACCAAAAGCUCGUACAAUUUUAGUAAAUGGGGCUGUUAGGAAGGGAGAGCGUCUGAUGCCACCUUCAUCCCUUGACCUGCUUCUACGGGUGACCUUCCCAGCUCCCUCUGCACGAGUCAAGGCUACUGAAAGGUUUGAGGCAGUAUAUCCCAUCCUCAAGGAGGUUGCCCUUGCUGGUUCCCCAGGAAGCAAAGCAAUGAAGCAAGUUUCACAACAGAUACUUUCACUAGCUAUUAAAGCAGUUGCAGAAGAAUGAGAAAUCAUUAACUGGUGCAGUGGAUGCUCACCAGUCACACUUCAGAGAUGCAGAUAGGUACUGUAAAAUUUUGCUAUCAAGGCUGUCUCAUGGACAUGGAUGUCUGAAAGGAUUUGCCCUUGUUCUUUUGGCCGUGGCCGUGGGAGGUGCUAUUAUGUCACAAAACAUGGAGGACUGGGAUUGGGACAAGCUCUCAGUUUUGCUCAAUGCCACACAGUCCUUCUAAGCGAUCUGCACCAAAUGAGACGUACACGGAGUGUUCUUUUUUAACAAUUCAUGGUCUCAGCGGCAAAUGAAAUUGGUUUACAAAACUAAAUAAAUUUGGAAGAUUGGGUAGCUACAUGAAACACAAGUCUUGUGGGAUACUGAGCCGGAGCUUUGGAGAAAUCAGGAUACUUAUUUUCCAGAAAAAGAUGAGUCAUGUUUAAUUUAUUUGACCCGUCUAUUAUUAGUCUAAGCGGUAUUCAACUUAGAUGUUACUCAGUUUUCACCAUUUUUAAGUUCAAGCAAAUUGAUCAUACCAGAAUACAGAUGUAAUUCCAAGGGAUAUGAUAGAAUCCAAACGAAUCCAAUCCCUGCAAAAAUAUUUACUUUGGUUGAGUAUUAUAACUUAUUUGCAUGUGACAGUGACAACUUACAGUUUGUUCUAUUUAUUUUCCCUUUUGUCAA